CUGUUCCGACCUGAGCAGAUUUCCCUCCGGGCAAAGAAGCGAGCAGGCCUCUUACAGAACCCUCCUCUGCUUCCUCCUCCUGCAGAGCUGUCUGGGGGGCCUGUGCUGCCCCAUCACCACAUUUGGGGACCCUGUCACCCACCAGUGCUGGGUGGGAUGGAAAGGUCCAGGGUUGGUGCUGCUGGUGGUUCCCCCAAAUCCAGCUCCGUGGGGCACCGGGAUCCACCUGUUGGGGGCACGGCAGAGCCCCAGGCACGGGCAAAGCCGGGAAUUGCAAAAACCACAAAUCAGGAGGGACAAAACGCAGCCCGGCAGGGAGCUGCCGCAAUCCCGGCUCUAUAAAUGCCGGCACGGGCUGUCACCGAGCGCUGCCAGCGGCGGGGAUGUGGCCGUACGCGGUGGCCGUGCUGCUGGCGCUGCUCCUGCUGCGCCGCUGGCACCGGGAGCGGCAGCCGGUGCCGCGGCUCUCGGAGAAGCACGUGCUGAUCACGGGAUGCGACAGCGGCUUCGGGAAGCUGCUGGCCCGGCAGCUGGACGCGCGGGGGCUGCGGGUGCUCGCCGCCUGCCUGACGGACAGCGGCGCCGCGGAGCUGCGGGCGGCCAGCUCCGAGCGGCUGCACACCGUCCUGCUGGAUGUCACCUGCAGCAAGAGCAUCGCCCGUGUCGCCGCCUGGGUCCGCGAGCGUGUGGGUGAUCAAGGGCUCUGGGGGCUGGUGAACAACGCCGGCAUCGCCAUCCCCGCGGCCCCGAACGAGUGGCUGAGCAAGGAGGACUUUGUCAAGGUGCUGAACGUCAACCUGGUGGGGCUGGUGGAGGUGACGCUGAGCCUGCUGCCGCUGCUGCGGCGGGCGCGGGGCCGCGUGGUCAACGUGGCCAGCGUGAUGGGCCGCGUGUCCUGCUUCGGGGGAGGCUACUGCAUCUCCAAAUUCGGCGUGGAGGCCUUCUCUGACAGCCUCAGGCGGGAGCUGCGUCCCUUCGGGGUGAGGGUCUCCAUCAUCGAACCCGGAGGCUUCCAGACGGGAAUGACCGACCCCGCCCCGCUGGUGGAGGGCUUCCUUCGCCUCUGGGAGCGGCUCCCGGCAGAAACCCAGGCAGCUUACGGCCGCCACUACCUGGACAAAUAUGCCAAGAGCACCACCCUGAUGCACCGCCUGAGCAGCUCCCGGCUGUCGCACGUCACCGAUGCCAUGACCCACGCGCUGCUGUCCCGCUGUCCCCGCAGCCGCUACGCCGCGGGCUGGGACGCCUGCCUCAUCUUCCUCCCGCUCAGCUACUGCCCGGCCUGGCUCUCCGACACCAUCAUUGGCUUCUUCCUGCCCGUCCCGGCCAGCGGGACGCCCUGAUGGCCACCAGAGCGGGGACACGGCCCGUGGGUGUCUCGGGCUCUGCAGAACGUGCUCAAUAAAGCUGGGCAAUGCUGGGGCUCGGAGGUGUCCGAGGGUCACCUGGCCACGGUGCUGGCGGCCACCGGGGGUCGCGUGGCAGGAUC